AUGAUCACAAUUGAUUACCAGAUAAUAAAUUGCCAGCCACUAGAGGAUGGUGAAGAUGCACAAAAUAUUCUAAUUCGUAGAAAAUCAUUUGAAAAUUUAAUAAUAAAAUUACUAACUCCCCCCCCCUCCGUGAGUGAACAAAACCAUUAGAAAAAUCGCUAUUUUUUGCCCAAAAACCCACCCUCCGUGAGUGAACAAAAAUCUUUUUAAAUAGAAAAAUUUUUUAUGGAAAAAAAAAUUUGAUAUAUAAAAUGAUAAUUAUUAUAAUGAAAUCUAGAGCUAAUUCUGUUUAUUUUUAAACAAAUUGCUUUUUAAAACAUAAAUUUUGCAAAUUGAAUUAAUAUUUGCUUUCCAAUUUUUGCGAAUUAGGAUUUUUUUAAAUUUCGAAAAAAAAUAUUUUUUAUAAAAUUUAUAUAUAAAUUUUUUUAAAAAAAAAAUUAACCCCCUCCGUGAGUGAACAAAAUUUUUUUGUUCACUCACGGAGGGGGGGGGGAGUAAAAUAAAUAACUUUACCAAUAAAAACAAUUAUUUAUAGCAGAGCGGGGUAAGCAUCAACAAAGCUAAAGUUUUAGAAUUUCAUUCAGGCCAAGGAUCAAUUACAAUUCAGUUUCCGAAAACAAAAAUUGAAGAGAUUACUUUAUGUUUAGGAAGCUCUGCAUCUGUACAAAUUGGAGCGUUCAACAGCCCUGAUCAAACAGACAUGGUCUAUCUUAUUGAAAGCCAGGAAUCUGUAGUUGGCGCUCUAGAAAAAACCAUAAAAUAUAGCUCUAAUCUCUUUGCAUCUCACAAAGACACAAAAUUUUCCUAUGCUAAGCUUGACAUAUCUUCAACUUCAUCUAAUGGAUCCUUAAAAAUUUUUUAUUGAAUUCUUAAAAGUCCAAGAGAUUCUGGCUCUUCCCCUCCAAGAUCUAACCAUAUGACAGUAAAUUCGAGAUCCUUUUAUUCUUCCCCACCAGCCAAAAGAACAUUAGAAAUUUCUAAAAACCCAAAAACUGAUUUAUCUAACUCAAUCCAAAGAUUUGACUUGAAACAAUCUGCAUUUGAUGAAAUCCCUAGAAAGCGAAAAAUAGAUUAUGACACUCCAAGAGCUUCUAGGAACCCAAUUGAUAAUAGAAUUGGGAUUAACAAUAAAAUUAGAUCAGAAAAUAAAAAACAAGAGGAUAAAACAAUUAAUAUUGAAGAUGGGGAGACAAUUGCGGAGCAAAAUAGUAUUUUUCAAGAUAUUCAAAAUAGAAAACAAAGAGUGUUAAGAUCGCAUACGCAGAAAAAAGAACCAACAAAUUCGUAUAAAAAUGUUUUAAAUAAUUGCUUGGUUAGUUCAGCUGUCCAGGAUCCUGGGAAAAGUAUUAUAAUAUCAGAGCUUUGUGAAUCGUUGGGAGCCAUCUAUAUUGAAGAGCUUGAUAGAUCAGUAGAAUAUUUGGUGUCUGAUGGAACCAACACAAGAAAAAUGGAUGAGGCGAGACAAUUGGGAAUUAAAAUUGUUAGAAUAGACUGACUCAUUUUUUGUUUGAGGAAAAGAAAGCAUAUUGAUGAUGAAUCUUUGCUCUUUAAUUAA